UUGACUUUAAAUGAUACCGGAUGAAUGAGUUCUUUCUUUAACUAGGUUUUCAAAUCUCAGUAAAGAGACAAAAAGACAAUGGCAUCUACUUCCUUGGAAAAUAUUGAAGACAAGGAACAAGAGGAUCCCAUUAGAUGCAUAUUCUUUGUUGAAUUUCAUCAUAUAGCGGGACCCAAAAUUACAUGCCAGGUGCCUGAUAAUUACAUAUCUAAGGAUAUUUUCGAUAAUGUCAGUGUUUACAUCAUACCAAAAGCACAAUUACAAAGAAGCACUAUUACAAUCACACUAAAGGAUUAUAAAAUCUUAGGUUUUCCCGUGAAGAUUGAUGAUAAAAAAUAUGCAAGAAAUGCAUUUUAUUUCAACUUGUGUUUUGUCUGUGAUGCAAAUGCUCGCACUGUCCAUUAUGAACCAGUAGUUAAGAAGAUGUCGGAUUUCUUGAUGGCUCUGGAAAUAGAGAAUUGUUUUCUGUCUGCAACGGAUGACAAGACUAGAUUAGCAGAGAUGCUUGCACAAGUCAUGCAGGAUUUGAAUCUACACAAAAUGUGUACAUUAACUGAAGGAACAAUGACAUCGCAUUUGAAAGUUGUGAGGUUGGCGCCUGAGCCAAAACCAGUUCUUGAUCAUCAAGUACCAAUAUUUUUGGAAGAUAGGGAUACAUUCCAGAAUGAUCAAUGGGAUUUGACCACGCAACAAGUAUUGCCUUAUAUCGACGGUUUUAAUCAUGUGGCACGCAUAGCGGCUGAGGCUGACGUAGAGAAUAAUUUAGUCAAAAGCUGCGUGCAAAAUCUUGUAUAUUAUGGAGUUGUAACACUGAUCCCAAUAUUUCAAUAUAGCAACGUCUAUGCAGUGACACCAAAAUUACGAAAAUUGCCGGAUGAUGUAAAAUUACAGGAAAGAUGUAUAGCAUAUGCUUCUAAGCUAGCUAGACAGCCUGCACAUUUUAGAGAUAUAUAUCGUAUGUAUUCAAGUAUGACUUACGGCGUCAGUAUGAAAGACUUAUGUCAACGUCUCAAUCCACAAAACCUCAGAAUAAAUGAAAGAAGAUUGGUACAAUUUGGCUUGAUUGAGGGACUUAUUAGAAGAGUAUAUAAUUAUCCCGUACUUCUUCCUGGCGCAUCUUGCAGCGAAGAAGCAAAAAAUAAUCCAAUUUACAAGUAUUUCACAGGAACCUAUAGUCUCGAUGAAAUAUGCUGUAGCACGGGCCAGUCUGCUGCGCAAAUUGAAGAUAUUAUCGAACGUGAUCCGAAUGUUCUAAUGAUAUGGAAGUGA